ACAAUGUAUGAUUUCUUAAACUAGAAAAAAAGACGAAACAGUACAUAAACAUUAGAUUGUUUUAAGCAUAUCAUGCAGGCCCUGCGGAGCCUGUAAAACAAAAAUUAAAAUAAUUACCAAGCAAAAUUGCCGAGAACCAUAGGCGUCCUUUUAACGGUUUCGGAUAAGGGGGCGAAGCAGACAAAAUGCCUCCCGAGAGGAGACGCUCCAAAAUAUAUCGACGCUCCCAUGUUUGCAGCUGUAAAUGCUGCUCUGAUACGUUAACACUCCUCAGCCAUGGUCGACUCCUUUUUUCUUCUAAACACUUCUUAUUCAUCUCCUGCACUUGGAAUAUACGCUGGCAAAAGACCAGCCAAAAACUUAACCACUUCAAGAACGAAACCAGGGAAAACAAAAACCAAAACCAAGUCGAAAACUGCGAAUGCAAGCGGACAUAUUUCUCAUAGCAAAGACGUCAUUUUGUUCGGAGCCGGCAGUUUAGCUACAACAUAUACAGCUCUUCCUCCAAGGGAUGAUGACGCCGCACAAAUUGAAGCGGAGCAACUAUGGCUGGAGUCCCGUAAAGAUGCUGCAAAACCCCUGCGCCGCCUUGUUACUCCUGACGAUUUUCUUGAAUUUCACUCUAGUAAUGAUGACAAGGAUGAAAAUCUUGACGACGACGAUAUUGUUUCAGAGGCCGAUUUGCUCCGAGAAGCUGAGGAGGAGCUCGCCGAGCUUGAAAGAAUUCACGGCCCGCUUCCCGACAGCUUCUUUGGAAAUGCCGAUUCUAACCUAAACCCUAAUCCUAAUUUUAGCGAAAACCCCAACACUAGCUUUGAUGAUGAUGAACUUGAUGAGACUGGAAAUGAAGAAGAUUUGCCCGAAGAUAGCGGAAAGGGAGUGCCUGCUGUAAUGCGGUGCUUCGACAGGGCGAAAAUAUAUGUCAAGGCGGGGGACGGGGGCGAUGGAGUGGUUGCCUUCAGGCGAGAAAAAUACGUGCCAUUCGGCGGACCGUCGGGCGGAAAUGGUGGCAGGGGCGGUAAUGUGUAUAUUGAGGUCGAUGGUUCCAUGAAUUCGCUAUUGCCUUUUAGGAAAACGGUGCAUUUUAGGGCUGGGAGUGGUAGCCAUGGCCAGGGUAAGUGCCAGGACGGUGCCAAGGGUAAGGAUGCUGUUGUCAAGGUCGCGCCCGGAACAAUUGUAAGAGACGCCAGCGAGGGAAGUGAUGGUGAUGUGUUGGUGGAACUCACCACUCCCGGGCAGCGGGUGAUGGUUUUGCCCGGAGGACGAGGCGGUCGGGGUAAUGCCUCCUUCAAGACAGGACGGAACAAGGCACCGCAGAUUUCUGAGAAUGGCGAAGAGGGAGCAGAAAUGUGGUUGGAUUUGGAACUAAAGCUUGUUGCUGAUGUGGGAAUUGUGGGGAUCCCAAAUGCCGGCAAAAGCACUUUCCUCAGUGCUAUAAGUGCAGCUCAGCCAACUAUUGCAAAUUACCCAUUUACAACAUUAUUGCCCAAUCUUGGUGUGGUAUCACUGGAUUAUGAUGCCACUAUGGUUGUAGCAGAUUUACCUGGGCUUCUUGAAGGUGCACAUCGUGGUUUUGGCUUAGGUCACGAGUUUUUGCGGCACACUGAAAGAUGUCACGUCCUGGUACAUGUUGUUGAUGGCACAAGCCAACAACCUGAAUAUGAGUUUGAUGCUGUCCGUCUGGAACUUGAUCUUUUUAGUCCAGAGCUUGCAUAUAAGCCAUGCGUAGUUGCCUAUAACAAGAUGGAUAUUCCAGAAUCAGCUGAGCAUUGGAAAAAAUUUGAGAAAAAUAUGCAACAGCGGGGGAUUCAUCCAUUGUGCAUGAGUGCAGCAACGACAAGUGGUACUAUGGAGGUGGUUUAUGCAGCAUACGAACUGCUAAAAAAACAGGCUGCAUCAAUUGGCAACAACACUCAGGAUGAUGGAGGUAUCAUCAAUAACAUUGCAGAAAUGAUUGCGAAAAAAAGAAGUGCUCCUCUUGAGGACUUUGAAAUUACUUAUGAUGAUGAGAACAAAACAUGGUGUGUUUAUGGAGCUGGUCUACAGCGCUUUACGCAAAUGACUAAUUGGGAGUACUUUGAAUCUAUUCGGAGGUUCCAACAUGUUCUUGAGGCCUGUGGGGUGGAUAAAUGUCUUAGAGAACGUGGAGUUAAGGAAGGUGACACAGUGAUAGUUGGACAGAUGGAGCUGGUUUGGCAUGAUUCCAACGAUGCAUCUCUGUUAGUGAAUAGGGGAAAAUUCUCUCGAGGUUCAAGUAAAUGGCCACAUUGAGAGCAAUUAAUCUUUGUCUCCGUCAAUGAAAGAAUUACAGUGCACCGACCACAUCAAAUUUACUAAUUAACAAGAGAGUUCCAGCUUACUGGCUAAAGCUCAUUAUGUCUUAAGGGCUACAUGAUGUGUAAGUGGAACAUAUGUAACUCACGAUGAAUUUAAUAUAUUUUACCUUUUAGAGAA